GGCGUCGCGUAUCCUACAGAAAUCCCACUUACUACCCUCCCAUCUUCAACACGCGUCACCAAACUUCGUGAAGGCGUCGAUUAACUGCGGGGUCGAACCUAUCUGGCCGAAGUUCUUUAAUUAUUUACUUCCAAAACACGAUUAUUAAUUGAAUCGGAAUUGAUCCCAAUUCCUCGACUUGUUUCCAAAUGGGAACCUGGUUUAAGGAAGUGGGUAGGCCUGCCCUAUUCGAUGCUCUUGCUGGAGCCUGUGAUCAAAUUGAUAACCAACUCGAUGUGGACCUUAAAUCAUACAUAGAGGAAAACUCGCGUCUUUCUGCCGACCUGGAGAGUUUGAAUAAGAGGGUUUCCGAUGUGGACCGGUUAGAGCAGGAAAACCGAUCCUUAAAGAAAGAACUCCAAGACCUCAGGAAUGCCGAAGCUUCAACUUUAGAACGAUCUAAGCACCAUGCUGACCCUAAGAGCUCUCGAACGCCUCUCGCUCCCAAGUCUGUGAACCGAGUUUCGAAUACCACGAAUACUAGAAUAUCUACUAAAUCUGGGAAACUUAACCUCGAUGGACUGAUACUCUCUGAGCUCAAGGAAGAAUAUUCAAAGCUGGAUGGAAACUAUACGAAGUUGCAUGAGAAAUAUUCGGUCCUUGAAGAUGCUCAUGCAAAAUUAAAUGGCCGGCUUCGUGAUGUAACAAAUGCCUACAAUCGAUGGAUGACUCAUGCGGGCAAGUUAAACGAGCUAUGCCAAAAGCGUAGUCGGACGAUAAAAAAGCUAGAAGCUAAAUUGGAGACGGCGACGACAACAUCUGCUUCAUUUCACGGGCGUCCUUCUGACACGACCAUUAGAAAUCCAGAUGGACAGCGAGCGGGCUCACCUGAAUUGGGCAACGAGCACACGCGGGGAGAGGACGGUGCCACAUCGGGAGAAGCGCCAUUAGUAUGGCCACCUACUAAUGAGGGUAGCACUAAUGAUGCGUCCCUUAGAAGCACACCCUCUGCUUCUCCAAAGCCGACAAGGGAGAUCGGGCCACGAAUUGACCGGAAAGCAGGCGCCGCGCCUAGAUCUAAGAGUUGUACCAGUACCCAAGAUACGGAAUAUUGUACACUGCCUCCUCUUUCACCGAACAGAAACACGGGUUCAGAUGAGGUAAUCGUUAAAAAUGAGCCGUCAUCAGACACCCCAGUCAUAGUAUCGGAGCGCUCCUUGCGCAAGAGGAAAUACGAUGGCGAUGACACAGAGGACGAACCUCGAGCUCCUAUCAAAGUCAAAACAGACGAAGACGACUUAAACCCGAUAAUCACCGACGACCGUCGUCAUUUUGUGCCACAUGAGAGCAUUGACUUCGACACUGAUGCAAAUAGAGUUGUGACACCAAGGAAACAGGCUAGAGAUAUUUUUAGAUUGUUCGAUUCGUCCCCUCGGGCAAUGACACCGUCUUCUGCGCCAAGCACCGAAUAUCCUCUUGCGGCCGAAGAAGGUAAUGCAGCCGUACCAAUAUCAGAGCUUCAAGGGAAUCGAUCUUCGGCAUUGAGACCAUUCAGCCGCAAUAUACCUCGGCCCGAACCUAGGAUCGCUUACACGGGGCAGACAAAACAGCCGUCAUUUGCACCGAGCGGUCUUGCAAGCCUUGCGGAAGACGGUGAUCAAUGUGAAACACCACGUGCAACCACGAAAAAGAAGCCAAAAACAGCCCCCCUCCGGGACCUUCUUGAUGCUCCUUCGCCGGGGCCUAAAGCUACAACGCCAUUCCCUACUGUGGGAUCCAAUCGUGCCCGCGUACCGAAACCACCGUUUAACAUGGAACUGCCUCCGAGGCGUGAACUACCCUUUGGUAAAAAUGGGUUAUCGAAAGUUAGCAAGACGCCUCAGCCUAGUAAUACUCGAGAGACAUCGGAUGGACAGGCCCCCACAAAUGCCAAUAUGAGGCGAGUCGCCGACCGGGGACAGACGGCCGAUAAAAUCGGCAGUACGAAGCCCGGUAAAUUGCGAGAGCGUCCUAUGUCUGAACUUGGAAUAAGUGACUUCAAAGUCAAUCCUGAUGCCAAUGAAGGCUUUAACUUUGCCUUCACCGAUGUCGUUCGGGGUAAAGAUGCACGAACUAGUCUGACAGGAUGUGUUGAAGAAAGUUGCUGCGGCCAGACUUUUCGACUACGGGCGCGCAUCGAGCGGGAUCGGACUAAUUCAUCGGACUUCCAUGUCCUAUUGGAGAAACAUUUAGGCGAUGAGGCGUGGAAGUUGUCAACCAUGACCAACGCAGAAAAGGAAGAUAUGUGGCUCAGGGCUAAAACGCAAGAACUUGCAAAUGAACACGGGAGGCAUCGCCACAGAUUUCAUCGUGCACCAUCCCCACCAGGAUUCUGGCGGACAGAUUUCCCUAGUACUCAGGAAGCACUACAAGACAAGGAGAAAUCGGAAAAAGCUCAGCAGCAACUCGUCGAACAAAGAUAUCGCGAAGCUAUGCGACCUGGCGGCAGAUGGCUUUUCAGGGACGAGUGAGUUUAUCAUGAGCAUUGCUGGUAACAUUUGAAGACGUCUCAGGGGCAACCCAAGGGAAUCGUGGUUUUAUUUUUGGCGGAGCUCAUCAUAGCAUUUACAUGUUACACGGAUUACUUAAUGGCGCAUAGCGAGACGGAAUUCGGCGUGGAGGUUAUUAUUAAGCAUAUAUACAGCUGAAGACGAGUGGCUUCAAAAAACACUUGCAGGAAUACCUACAUUAGACAUUGAUUCAAUGCUCAGUAGAAAAUAUAUAUUAUAUCAUGCUUCAUAAAUUGGAGACUUGUCUUGAAUUCGUACCUUCGUUAUGAUUAUGUAGAACAACUCUGAAUGCGCUUCCGAGUUGAUACUAACGAACCAUGACUACCUAGAUAUAUAGGUACUACGUUUUGAGUGUGCUGCAGGGAUUAAGGAUUGAGGCUUGAUGAGGUAAGUCAUUGUUAGUUGGAAGGAACCCGACGUCCGAAAAGUUUGGAAAAAGUCAGAAAACAAAUUAUUACCUUAGC